CGGGGGUGUGCGCUGGGCAGCCUCCACCGGAGGAGGGGCCGGAGGGUGGCGCGGAGUCCCCGCUUUUCCCCAGCGCCCCGAUGAGGGCGGCGGACAGCGCGGGACCGGCAUGGCAGAGAUGCGGCCGGGAACGGCGGCGGGGCUGCAGCUCAGCGCGCUGCCCGACCACUCCCCGCUGCUGCAGCCCAGCCUGGCGGAGCUGCGGCGUCGGGCCCGGGCGGCGGGCGCUCCGCCGACGCCUCUGCCACUCACCGACUCCUUCCUGCUGCGGUUCCUGCGCGCCCGGGACUUCGACCUCGACCUGGCCUGGCGGUUACUGAAAAACUAUUAUAAGUGGAGAGCAGAAUGUCCAGAAAUAAGUGCAGAUCUGUGCCCUCGAAGUAUUCUUGGUCUUCUGAAGGCUGGUUAUCUUGGAGUCCUGCGAGCCAGAGACCCCACUGGCAGCAAAGUUCUGAUUUACAGAAUUGCACAGUGGGACCCAAAAGUUUUCACAGCUUAUGAUGUUUUCCGUGUAAGUCUAAUCACAUCCGAGCUUAUUGUACAGGAGGUAGAAACUCAGCAGAAUGGUAUCAAGGCUAUCUUUGAUCUAGAAGGCUGGCAGUUUUCUCAUGCUUUUCAAAUUACCCCAUCCGUAGCCAAGAAGAUUGCUGCUGUUCUUACAGAUUCCUUUCCAUUAAAAGUUCGUGGUAUCCAUUUGAUAAAUGAGCCAAUAAUUUUCCAUGCUGUCUUUUCCAUGAUUAAACCAUUCCUGACCGAAAAAAUUAAGGAACGGAUUCACAUGCAUGGGGACAAUUACAAACAAAGCUUACUUCAGCAUUUCCCAGACAUUCUUCCUCUGGAAUAUGGUGGUGCAGAAUUCUCCAUGGAAGACAUUUGUCAGGAGUGGACAAAUUUUAUAAUGAAGUCUGAAAAUUAUCUCAGCAGCAUCUCACAGAUCAAUCAGUGAGAAGAAGUUAUUUAAUGUGAAUGACUUCCUAAUUACAAAUACUUGAGUGAGAUCCUACCUGGUUAUAUGAAUGAAAGAAAAAAAUCCUUUAAGCUAAUUAACACUUGUCUGAUUGAUCUUUUAAAUUGUAAAACUCUUCUGACAUGAGCAACAUGGAUAUUUGGGAAACUUCUUGACUUUUUAAAUGCACUUUCUUUAUCUUUCAAGUAGUUAAAUGUUUGUAUACCUUAAAAGCAUAGAAAGGAUUCCUGAUUUUUAUACUUGAAAUUAUCUCCUAAAGUAGCUGUUUCUGAAGUUUCAUUUUCAACAAGUUAUCUGACUACAUUGGUUGAGUAAUAAAUGUAUAAAUAGUCCACAGAAAAGAAGUAUUAGUACAAAUCAACUGAUGAUAAAAAUCUAUUAAUACCCAUCUUGGGUGAAUGUCAGAUUAGAUUAUAAUUCAGAUUAAAAUCUGAAUACAGUUUUAUGGAGUUUUUUCUAUGGGCCAGCAAGAUAGUUCAUCUCAGGGAAGUUCUAUUUCAGCACAUGUGCACAACAGAAACUUUUGAUUAAAGAGUCUGUGCACCAUAAAGUAUUAUAUGUAGCAUCUAGAGGUCUUCAUGAAAUUACUCAUGUUGCUACAAUUGAUAAUCAAAAAUAAUUUAGGAAAUAUUUCAGGCAUAGCUGAUAGUUUUUAAAUACUUUCCCUGCAUUUUCAAAUAAAUCAAGAAUGUAAUUCUGACAUCAGUUUUUGGUUAUUCUUAUCAUGACUACAUAGAGAAUUAGAAAUGGAAUAAUAUUUAAUUGUCAUACAUACAUGACUCUAUUUUUAAUUGAACAAUAACACAACUACA